AUGCGAUGCGCGAGCAAGGCCGCCGAGAGCGCGUCUGCACGUCUCUGUGCGGACGCCGAAGCAGAAACUACAGCAACUGAUGUCCCAUCGGUUGCUGAAUCGACUCAGCCUGUAUCACCUGGUGAUGCAGGCGCUGGUCAUGAAGACACUCGUGUCUUCGCAGAGUACGAGCUCGGUGUCUCGUACUCUCCUGAUACGGAUGACGGAUCCGUAUCGACGGCAAUUGAAUCCAAGCCGCCUGCCAAGCGUGGCAUGGACGAUGCUUUGCGUCGCAGCAUCUUUGGUUCAUCUGAUGAGUCAGAUGAACCAUCGCCGAAGCGAAGGCGCUCGAGGUCGCGAGACUCGGGCGCUAAUAGUGGUGUCGUUUCUCCAAUGGACACCACUUCACAGCGAGGUGCCAGUACUUCUGUCGGCACGUCGCAGGAAGAGCGGGACCGCAAUGUGUUGCGUCUCGCUCCAGAAAAGAAGGCAUGGAUGCCUCCUAAAUCUGUCAUGGAUCACUUGUCGGCGACGACGAGUGAUCGUUAUCGAACACGAUUGUUCGAUUCGUCGAGGAUUCAUCACCUUGACCCCAGCGCGAAAGACUAUCGCGCUGAACAUGAGUUCUUCAUCGAUGCUUUCUUCAGACAUCGAUGGUACAGUGGGAAUCACAAACGUGAUGGUCCCUCACUACUUCAGGCGUGGAACGCCUACAUCCAUAAUCUCGAGGAUGUAGGUCGUGACGCUUGGAACGACAAACUUAUCAAAGCUCGUGAUAAGUUUGAAAAGCGAACCCCGACAGGUGCACGCUACAAGCUGCAUCGUCUGUCAAGGGAGAAAGGAUUACCCUGCCUCUCUUGGGGAGACUCGUGCCCAUGUUGUGUGAACAACUCUGCACGAGCACCUAAGAAGGCUUACCUCCCUAAUAGCCCGUGGUGGCGCGUACGUGUCUCUACUGAGAUGUACGAAGGGAUUGACAACCUGAAAUCCCUUUACGACCGUGCCGGGAAGACUUUCUCCGGCGGUCCUUCUGCGGCACAGGAUGUGUCGCGUCGUACUGCUCGACCAGACCCAGUACGUCAACCAUCAAUUGGGAGCGGGGCUCCCAAGAAUCCCAGGACGGGGGAUAGCCGCGCCACCGGACGAGGGUAA